AGUUUUGUUUAGUAUAGAUUGAACUUGAAGGGACAUGACAAAUAAAUUCCAUAAUUAAAGGAAGAAAAAAGAUCAUUAGAUCGUUGACCCACAAACAAAAAAGAAAGAAAGAAAAAGAGACAAUUGGGCCAACUGUUUUGGGUGGUAUAUAAAUGGGUCGGGUCGUUGUAGUAAUAAGAUCCAUUAAAAAAAGAAGUCGUCUCUCUCAAAUUGCAAAAUCACCCCCACACCAAAAGACAAAAUUACCCUGCGAUUUAAUUAUUAUGAAUUUAUGACGGUACCUCCACGUCAACAUAAUGGCUGAUGCCACGUCAUCACGCAUGUUGAGAUUUGGUGGAGAGAUCCGGGGUUCUUAGAGGUAUCCAACUAUCCAUCCAUCAUCGGUCAGUCCCCAAAGUCGGCGGAAGAAGAUGGUGUCGCCGAAAAUAGCACCGUCGAUGCUGUCAUCGGACUUCGCAAAUCUAGCGGCGGAGGCCAAUCGGAUGAUCGAUUUGGGCGCCAACUGGCUUCACAUGGAUAUUAUGGACGGGCAUUUUGUCCCUAAUCUUACGAUUGGUGCUCCUGUCAUCGAGAGUUUGCGAAAGCACACUAAUGCAUAUCUUGAUUGCCACCUUAUGGUGACGAACCCCAUGGAUUACGUUGCACAGAUGGCUAAAGCUGGGGCUUCUGGUUUCACAUUCCACGUCGAGGUGGCCCAAGAUAAUUGGCAACAACUUGUCGAGAAGAUUAAGUCUACUGGGAUGAGACCAGGCGUGGCUCUAAAGCCUGGAACACCUGUUGAACAAGUCUAUCCUCUGGUUGAAGGGACAACUCCGGUUGAAAUGGUUCUUGUGAUGACUGUAGAACCUGGAUUUGGAGGCCAGAAGUUUAUGCCUGACAUGAUGGACAAGGUCCGGGCAUUGAGGCAAAAAUACCCAACACUUGAUAUUCAGGUGGAUGGCGGCUUAGGCCCUUCAACGAUCGACACAGCGGCUGCAGCAGGCGCCAACUGUAUUGUUGCUGGAAGUUCAGUGUUUGGAGCUCCGGAGCCAGGAGAUGUCAUCUCCCUUCUGAGGACCAGUGUUGAGAAAGCCCAACCCACCACUUGAGUGAGUACCCAUUUUCUAAAUAAGCUGCACGUGGUGGCGGUGGUGCUGAGACGGCGUUGUAUUCUCAUCGGAAGAUGGUACCUCUUCGUUUCUCUCAAGGUUAAAAAGCUGGUCCUUUAUGUUUUAAAAUCAUCUCGUGAAUCGUGAUACUUAGUCUUGGUUCCAAGAACUGUAUAACGUCAUUUUGAGUUAUUAAUUCCCUCACCACACAGAUUAUUUCAUAGGAGUUGGGUACCAAGAGUAGUGUGCAAUGUAUAAUUAGUAAUUUAAUAAACGUAUUAGGUUCAGUCAUUUUGGAAUGGUUAUAAUUAUGAAUACAAGUAUACAACAUGAACAUUCCAGUGUUAAGUAGUAAUUUUGUAGUUACCUCUCUUAAGAUUCCCUUGUUUUUAUUUUCGGGGUCAACAUAGGUAUUUAUUGCAAGAUGGACCUAAGAGUACUUAGCCUUUUAGCACCUUGUCGUUGCUUUGUAUGGCAUGUCUUUUCAGUUUCUUGAUAAUGUUUUUCUGUUUUUCCCCUACUAUCAAAUUCCCAAAUCAUUCUCCACACAC